UUGAUCAAAUUAAUGAAUGCACCUCUUCCAUUUAGUGUGACACAGCCAUUCCAGUGAUAGGGCCACAAUUAAUGUUAUCAGUUCCACCUGGAAGCAGUGGAGCAGUUUGCUGCCAGUAUGACAUCAUCAGAAAAGGGUGUUUAGUACAACCGUAUUGUAAAUUUUAUCUGUGCACAUGGUUCCCCCCACUGACAACCCACUGUACAACUCUGUACAUUGCUGUUGUGUUAACUGAAACUUACUGAACUUACUUACUUACUUACUGAAACUUUAUUCUAAUUUUAAUUUCAUUUUUAAUUUUUGUUUUUAUUUUAAUUUCUAUUUUUCAGUCUUGUUGCACAUUGUCAUGGAAGCCAUCAAAAACAUUUCACUGUACAAUGUUUACCAUGUGCAUGUGACAAAUGAACAUGCCUUUUUCUUUUGAAGGCAAUGCACACAUAGUUAACAAUGUGCCAGCGAGGAGGGAGGACUACAUGCAGGUCACCAAGUCAAGUGUGUUCCCGUUGUCCUUCUGUGCCCACCGCUGGGUGGAGAACCUGCCUGUGGUGGAGAGAGCUCUGGCGGUCUGGCCGUCACUCCUCAUCUACAUGGAGGCAGUGAGAACUAAGAAAGUCCCCAACCCUGGAACAGGAUCAUAUGACACCAUAGCGGCAGCUAUAAAGUGUCCUCUCAUCCUGGCCAAGCUCCACUUCUACAUGGCCAUUGCCAGGAUGUUCACUCCGUUCUUGAAGAGAUACCAGACGGACGAGCCAGUGAUGCCCUUCUUAGGAAGGGACUUGGUGGAGUUGCUGAAGUGUUUUCUGAGGCGCUUUAUCAAGAGGGAGCUCCUCCAACACGCCACAACAGUCCAGCUGACCCGACUGGAUGUCACAGAAAGGAAGAACUGGGUCUGUCUGCGGGAUGUUGACAUUGGCCUUGGUGCUGAGUCGAUCCUCAAGAAGCUGCUCAUCUUGUCCCACGGUCAAGCGUCUGUCGAGAGAGGCUUUUCGGUGAACAAAGAGGUGGAGACAACCAACAUAAUGGAGGACACUGUUGUUACUAAGGUGCCACUCACUAAGGAGCUCCUGAAGUCUGUGGAAGGAGCUCGGACCAGGUACCGUGACUACCUUACAGAGGAGCGAAGGAAGAAGGAGUUAGAAGCGCAGGCUCAGAAGAGAAAGGCUGCAGAGCUCAGAAAGAUUAAGUGACUUUUUUGUUGUUCGGGACUAGUUCAGUUUUCUUAUCAACCAGGUUUGAUUGCUCUGGCUUUGAUCUGAACUGAGCUUUUGUGACUGUGUUCAUAUGAAAUGACUGUUUUCUACUUUAAUAAAUUUACUUUUGAGUAAUUUUGAGACUUAGUUAUUUUAUAUUUAUUAUCCUUCAGACUUUUUUCUGUAUGGCAGUGAAAUCCCUAAUUUCAUCACUUUGAGGAUGACAAAAAGCUAUCAUAUGGUGUCGCGAGUAGGUCUAAAAUUCUACUCAACGAGGUCUAAAAAAGAUCCAAAAAAGUCUUAAAUUUGACUUGUUGAAACUUGUAGGAACCCUGCCACUGCAAAUAUCCUCAGUGUGUUGUCAGUAUUUGUUGGCAAAUAUGGCACAAAAUGUUGUCUUUUUGUUCAGGACAUUCAGUAUAUGUUUUAUUGUCUCAUAAAAGGUGUUUCCCAGGGGGCCCAAAGAACAGCUUAUACUGCUUCAUGGCUGCCUCUGCAUGGUUGUAAUGCCUAAUGAACCUGCUGCGAGUACCCAUAAGCUCACAUUUGUAUAUGAUCACAUUAAUUUUUUGUAACUUUUGUACAUUGAAUGUAAGCUAAGUUUGUAACUAAUGAUUAUUUUCAUUAUCAAUUAAUUAAGUUAUUUCUAACUAAUCAUUUUAAAGCAGUGAAAAAGUGCAUGUCAUUACUCACUUUUUCCAACUAACAGUCCUAACACCAAAGAUAUAAAAUCAAAUAUCAAGGACGAUUAACUUUGAAGAACCUGGAACCAGAAAGAGUUUUGUUGGCAUUUUUGAUUAAAAAGACACAUUUUGCG